ACAACUCUACUGGAUCCAUUUGGUACUGGUCCCACAGAGCUGUGAGCUGUUACACUGUAUUUAACACCACAGUGACUGGAACACAUCAACACACCUGUGCUUUAGUUAUGACGUCAUUUAUGUGUCUGCUACGAUCAUCCCACACUUCUUACCUGGCAACACGGUGGGUGGUUCGGUUCGGACCAGAGGUGUGACGGCUGGAUAAAUCUGGGCUGCGGACUCCGUUCAGGACAGAAGCUGCAUCAUGGUCCUCCUCCUCCUCCUGCUCGGCCUCCUCGGUCUGCUCCUCUUCCUCCUCCACGGCAGAAAAAGACGACAAGGAGAACCUCCUCUGAUCAAAGGAUGGGUUCCGUUCCUCGGGAACACUUUACAGUUUGGAAAAAAUGCCCACAAGUUUCUGGAAGACCAGAAGAGGAAGAACGGAGACGUUUUCACGGUGCUGAUUGCAGGUAAAUACAUGACCUUCAUCAUGGAUCCAUUACUCUACCCCAGCAUCAUCAAACACGGCCGGCAGCUGGACUUCCACGAGUUGACUGAGAGGUUGGCCCCUCUGGUCUUCGGGUACCCAAGCAUGAAGACAUUCCCCGGCCUGUCUGAACAGAUCAGCCGGGCCUACCGGUUCCUACAGGGCGACAGCCUCACGUCCCUGACAGAGAGCAUGAUGGGUAACCUGAUGCUGGUGUUCUGCCAGGACCACCUGGAUCCGGGCCAGGGCUGGAGGUCCGGCAACUUGUACGAGUUCUGCUCCUCGGUCAUGUUUGAGGCCACCUUCCUCACCAUCUACGGUCGACCUCAGACCGGUAGCCGCCAUCAGCACAUGGACCAGCUGUUGAAGGACUUCCUUCAGUUUGAUGCCAUGUUCCCCUACCUCAGUGCAGAGGUCCCCAUCUGGCUGCUGGGACGUACCAAGACCGUCCGCCAGAAGCUCAUCAGUCACUUCCUGCCGCAGCGGUUGUCCUGCUGGUCUGACAAGUGCCAGUUCAUCCAGGCACGAUUGGAGCUGUUUAACCUAUACGACAAGCUGAGGGACGUGGACAAAGCAGCUCAUCACUUCACCAUCCUGUGGGCAUCUGUAGGCAACACGCUUCCUGCCACCUUCUGGGCCACCUUUGACCUGGUGGCCCACCCAGAGGCCCUGAAGGUGGUCCGUCAGGAGAUCCUGGAUGUCCUGAGAGCCAGUGGAGUGGAGUUUAGCCCCGACAGAGAACUGACGCUCAGCAGGGAACAGCUGGACAAGCUGGUCUUCCUGGAGAGCUCCAUCAAGGAGAGCCUCCGGUUGUCCUCAGCCUCCAUGAAUCUCCGGGUGGCUCAGGAGGACUUCAGCCUGCGGCUUGACGCCGAGCGCUCUGUGGCUGUCAGGAAAGGAGACAUCAUCACCCUGUACCCUCAGAGUAUGCACCUGGACCCUGAGAUCUACGAGGACCCGCAGACAUUCCACUUCGACCGUUUUGUUGAGGACGGCAGAGAGAAGACGGACUUCCGUAAGCAUGGACAGAAGCUGAAAUACUACCUGAUGCCGUUUGGUUCUGGUUCCUCCAAGUGUCCCGGCCGAUACUUCGCCGUCAACGAGAUCAAACAGUUUGUGUGUCUUCUGCUGCUCUACUUGGACCUGCAGCUGGAGGACGGCCAGAACCGACCCUCAUCGGACCACUCCCGAGCCGGACUGGGUAUCCAGCAGCCGUCCUCGCCUGUUCUGUUCCGCUACAGACCGCGGGCCGAGUGACCCGGAGCGGCGCAGAGACGGAUCCUCCUCAGACCUGCAGCUUCAGCAGAAACCAGGCCAGAAACCAGACCUGCUUUGUUUUAGAUAUCUGAAGAACCCUACACCGGAUCUGGUUUCUGGUUCUGUAGGAUCUUGUUUCAGCGAGGCUCUGCUGGUUUUAACAAACUGUGAAGACGUCUCGUCUCACUGAUGAAGAGGAGGAUUAAAUCUGAGUCUCCCUGUAAUUCAACGAAAUGUCUUCAUUGGUAGUGUGGAAUUAAAACUACCGGACAACAACCAGAGUUCUGGAGGAUCCACUGUGGGUUCUUUAGACCUUCUUUAGAUGUUCUUUAUAACUUCAUUAGAUCGUCUCUAGAGGUUCUUUAGACAUUCUAUAGAUGUUCUUUAUAACUUCAUUAGAUCUUCUCUAGAGGUUCUUUAUACCUUUAGAUCUUCUUUAGAAGUUCUUUAGACCUUCUUUAGAUGUUCUUUAUAACUUCAUUAGAUCUUCUCUAGAGGUUCUUUAGACCUUCUUUAGAUCUUCUCUAGAGGUUCUUUAGACCUUUAGAUCUUCUCUAGAGGUUCUUUAGACCUUCUUUAGAUGUUCUUUAUAACUUCAUUAGAUCUUCUCUAGAGGUUCUUUAGACCUUCUUUAGAUGUUCUUUAGAACUUCAUUAGAUCUUCUCUAGAGGUUCUUUAGAGGUUCUUUAGACCUUCUUUAGAUCUUCCCUAGAGGUUCUUUAGACCUUCUUUAGACCUUCUUUAGAUCUUCUCUAGAGGUUCUUUAGACCUUCUUUAGAUGUUCUUUAUAACUUCAUUAGAUCUUCUCUAGAGGUUCUUUAGAGGUUCUUUAGACCUUCUUUAGAUCUUCUCUAGACGUUCUUUAGACCUUCUUUAGACCUUCUUUAGAUCUUCUCUAGACGUUCUUUAGACCUUCUUUAGACCUUCUUUUGAUCUUCUCUAGACGUUCUUUAGACCUUCUUUAGACCUUCUUUAGACCUUCUUUAGAUCUUUUCUAGACCUUCUUUAGACCUUUAGACCUUCUUUAGAUGUUCUUUAGAGGUUAGGCUUGCUGCAGGUUUUAGUCUGAAAUUGAAUGUAAACAAAAGUUUGAUUAUUUUAUUGUUUUUUAAAUCCAAUAAAAUCAACUUUAUAAAGCUGA